AUGGCCUCAUCAAGCGAUACCUUGUCCACAUCAAGUAAUGAUAUCUGCGUCGUCGCUAGUUCCAUGGACGCAAAGGAUACUACAGUUCAUACAACAUAUCCAGCUAUUCGAACAAUAUCAACUCCGUUAUUUAAGACUAUUUCAUCAUGCGUAAGCCACUCGCAAAGGCGGAAAUCGAAAAACUUCCAGGUUGAUGAUGAAACGAUUAUUUCACAACUAAGCAAUACAGUCCGGUUUGGCAACAGUGAAACAUAUGAAAUAAAUAUGUCUAAUGAUGUUCUAUUAUACGAGAGCAGUUGUGAUGAUGAAAGUGAAGAUAAUGAGCAGCAGGAAUAUUUGUUUCCAAAUCUCGAGGACAUUGGAGUCAGGAAAUCCACACAGUGA